UCAUUAUAAUUAUAUAUGGAAUUGUUAGGUCUUAUCGUAAAUAUUCACUAUUUCCUUGUGUUGUUUGACUAUUGAUUGUAUACAGGAUAAUGGGUCGCAACAAAUAUUAUUUCUGUGCAUGUUCUUGAUUACAAAAAGCACUUUCCUGUGACCGGAAGUCGCUCCAAUAAAACAUUCAAACCAAAGAAAAACAUUCCGGAAGGCACACACCAAUAUGACUUGAUGCGACACGCGGCGGCAACUCUGGGCUCAGGGAACUUGCGACUUGCCGUCAUGUUGCCCGAGGGCGAGGAUCUCAACGAGUGGGUCGCGGUUAACACUGUGGACUUUUUCAACCAAAUCAACAUGCUGUAUGGCACCAUAACAGAGUUCUGCACCGAGGAGUCGUGCGCGGUCAUGUCGGCGGGGCCCAAGUAUGAAUACCACUGGGCUGAUGGGCACACGGUCAAGAAGCCCAUAAAGUGCUCAGCGCCUAAAUACAUUGAUUAUCUAAUGACCUGGGCACAGGAUCAGCUUGAUGAUGAAACACUGUUCCCCUCUAAAAUAGGUGUGCCAUUCCCGAAGAACUUCCUGUCGAUGGCGAAGACGAUCCUGAAGCGUUUGUUCCGCGUGUACGCGCACAUCUACCACCAGCACUUCCCGCAGGUGGUGCAGCUCGGCGAAGAGGCGCAUCUCAACACGUCCUUCAAACAUUUUAUCUUUUUUGUACAGGAAUUUAGUUUGAUCGAGCGGCGAGAGCUGGCGCCUUUGCACGAGCUGAUCGAGAAGCUGACGGCCAAGGAGGCGCGAUGAUCAGGCGGCGUAGCCCCGGCCGCGCCCCGCGCCCCGCUACGCGUCCCAGUGUUACUACAAGGAACGGAACUUCACUAAAAUAUAUCAGUCAAUACAUUUUCUUCAUAUUAAUGAAAAGUAACACGAGUUGUCGUUGUGCGAGGGCGCGCAUCGCCACUUAACUUGUAUGCCUUAACGCAUAUUGUACGUACUGCGUAGUGAGCGGCGAAACGAGGAAAAUCUUUAAUUGCGACGUUUCUCGUUUCGUCGUUGUUAGUAUCAAUUAGCUCGUAUUUAAUUUAUGAACUAUUCGCGCCUAAUAUUAGUUUUUGUAUUUAAAAUUUGUACGAUUUAUUGAUUGAUUUGGUGAAUCUUCUAUUCGAAUUGAUCGACGUAGAUCGGCAUGUUUUUGUGAUAGCUUUUACUGGGGCUGCUGCACCUGCUAGGUCGGAUGGACCGUGUGUGCAGUCGACAUGAGCAGCUAGCUGCCCGUACUCGUAACUUGCACCAGUAGACAGCCGGUAUCGAAUCGUAACCUGGCUUAUAAACUGGACGGAGUUAAUGAUUCUGUCCAUUGCCUCAGGAGGUAGGCAGCCGACCUUGUCGACCGCACAUAUGCAGCAUGUCUGAUAGUAGCCUGCUGAUCUAAUAGCGAGGAUUAUUUUAAAGACCGAUCUGCGCUUUAGCAAAAAUGAUCUGGGUAUGAGUGUAGCUAGUUAUGUUAGGGUGGUACGCAACUUCGCGCACAGCACACCGCGCCGACUGCGGCGCCGGCUCGGAGCUCCGUCAGACAGGAGCCUCCGCCUGUCGCUUCGAGCACUCCGCCACCGCAACAUCUACUGAACAUGUAGAAAUCUUUGAAAAUUUUAAAAUAGUUCGAGUUUCGGCUCAUGAAGUGUCCGUUCACAGAGACCGACGUGGAUUAUACACUCGGAACCGGCCGAAGUCUAUCAAGGCCUGUUCUAAAUGCAUACGAUUAAUAUAAUAAUGAGUAGGGAUAAUAUUUAUAUUAUUGCAUGUAUCACAUCUCCUAUCAAAUUGUUUAUAAUUACUCCUCUCCAUCCAAAGGUUGCCUGCAAAAGAUCGCUCUUAUCGAUAAGGUCGCCCAUUGUUUUUCUCACUGUGAUUAUUUCUUGUAAUUAUUUAUAUUUAUAAUAAGUUUACUAUUGUAAUCUUUUGAAGGAAACAAUAAAGUGUAUCUAUCUAUCUAUCUAUUUUUCUACACUGUAAAAUCAUGUUUUCCUCUCAUGCGUUCUUUUUCAUUCACAAUUGUAAAACGAGUAAUAUUUAGUCUACGGCAUCCUUGUACAUGUUUGUUGUUUUCUAUGGCGGUUGUCUCGUCGCCGGCCGCGUGUAGUAUAAUAAAUUAUCUAUUUGAAUCAUUUAAAACUCCAUAUUAAACAGUCAACAUCUGUUGCCUCCACGAGUCGGUCCGUGUGGACGGAAACAAGCGUAUUAAUGUUGCGACCGGACGCGGCGCGCGCGCACCUAACGACAAAAUAUCAAACCGUAGGACGUAGAUAAGUUUGCCUUUCUCUACGAUAAUAAUAGAAAGUAUAUAUAAUCAGAUUUUUUUUAGAUUUGAUACAGAAGAUAAGGUUAUCGUAUGAAUUAUAGACAAGUAUAAGAGAUAUUUUUAGAGUAUAAAGUGAAAUUUGUGUCCAACGUUGGACAGGCGUGAUCGCAACUACUGAGGUAUUUUGUUUUUUUUUACUUUAGUAUCAUCAGCAAUCAUUGGAAUCUUUUGUUGCUUUACAUAUUUGUAUAUUGAUUGUUCUUCUAUGAAGUAUAUUUUGAAGAUUUUUUUAAUCGAAAUGAUUCGUGUGAGAUGUUUAUUUACUUAUUUUGUUUACAGUUAUGUCAUUAUAUUUUAAAUAUCUAUAUUAUUUAUUUUCUAAAAUUAAAGAAAAAAGUUGGUACUCGAGCAUAUAACCAAACGAUGUGUUAUAUUUAAUCAUUGAUGCUACCUAUUUUGUUUGUAUAGCGUAAUAUUAAUUUAUUUACAAUUAGUGAUAUUUGGCCGAAAUACAAACAGUCCCCGUGUAACGAGAACAGAAACGGGCACACUUGUAGUUGCUGCUGUGACAGACAGCAAGUGGCGGCCAGUGCUAAUUGUACCACUUGUAUAUGUGAUACGGGAAGCUGCGUUGGAUUUCGGCCAAAUAUUCUAUAAACAUUAGAGUUAUAAUUUAGAUCAAUUGUAUUUUUCACUUUUUUUUUUUUUAUAAUCACUUGUGCUACGUGACUGUAGGUACUGCCUAAUAAGAAUUGCAUAUAUUCUGUGCAUUUAAUUGCAUCGCAUUUGAAAGUUCAAAUUGUAACUGUGGUCUGUGUAUAAUGAAUUUGACUGACGUGUUUUUCUCGAGAUCUAAUGUCAUACAAUGAUAUGAACUAAUAAUAAAUAAUAUUAUGUACAGAA